UCAUUAGUAUGUAAGCACGUAUUGUCUACGGAGGGGGGGCAGUCUUUAAAUACGGACAGACGCCUCCUCCGCGGUACCACUUCUGCGGAACAGCUGCACUCAGGAGGAGCAAACACAUUCCAGCUCGUGUUUUCACUUUUUAACUGAAGCUCUAAGAUGUCCACCAAGGAGAAGCUGAUUGGCCAUGUAAUGAAGGAGGAGCCUGUUGGCAGCAGGAACAAGGUGACGGUGGUGGGUGUCGGCAUGGUGGGCAUGGCCUCUGCCAUCAGCAUACUGCUCAAGGACUUGUGUGAUGAGCUGGCCCUGGUUGACGUGAUGGAGGACAAGUUGAAGGGUGAGGUCAUGGACCUGCAGCAUGGAUCCCUCUUCCUCAAGACACACAAGAUUGUGGGCGACAAAGACUACAGUGUGACAGCCAACUCCAAAGUGGUGGUGGUGACAGCUGGUGCCCGUCAGCAGGAGGGAGAGAGCCGUCUUAACCUGGUGCAGCGCAACGUCAACAUCUUCAAGUUCAUUAUCCCAAACAUCGUCAAGUACAGCCCCAACUGCAUCCUGAUGGUGGUUUCUAACCCAGUGGACAUUCUGACCUACGUGGCCUGGAAGCUGAGUGGUUUCCCUCGUCACCGCGUCAUUGGCUCUGGCACCAACCUGGACUCUGCCCGUUUCCGCCACCUCAUGGGAGAGAAGCUCCACCUCCACCCUUCCAGCUGCCAUGGCUGGAUCAUUGGAGAGCAUGGAGACUCCAGUGUGCCUGUGUGGAGCGGUGUGAAUGUUGCUGGGGUUUCUCUGCAGAGCCUCAACCCACAGAUGGGGGCUGAGGGUGACAGUGAGAAAUGGAAGGAGGUUCAUAAGAUGGUGGUUGAUGGGGCCUACGAGGUUAUCAAACUGAAGGGCUACACUUCCUGGGCCAUUGGCAUGUCUGUGGCUGACCUGGUGGAAAGCAUCUUGAAGAACCUGCACAAAGUGCACCCUGUGUCCACACUGGUCCAGGGUAUGCAUGGAGUGAAGGACGAGGUCUUCCUGAGCAUCCCUUGUGUCCUGGGAAACAACGGCCUGACAGAUGUGAUUCACAUGACACUGAAGGAUGAAGAGCAGAAACAGCUGGUGAAGAGUGCUGAGACCCUGUGGGGUGUACAGAAGGAGCUCACCCUGUGAAGAGCGCUCCUUUGAAUUCACCAGUCCACUCCUAAAACCAUACUCUGUGUUUGAUCCCCUCCCACUGUACCUCCUGUAUCCCUCACGGCAACAGCCGAAUGAAACAUCUGAAUAUCUAAAAAAAAAAAAAAAAGGCCAAGUGUUUGUAGCUAAACCAGUGGAAGUUAGAUUUUUACCUUCAGAUAGUCAAACAUGGGUGUCAUUUUCCUUUGCUUCCUCCCACUCGUCCCACUCCCUCCAUAACUGGAUUCUCAACACAACUCAUGCAUUUAGCAUUUGAGAGAGCGGUUAUAUAUGUUGUCCUGCCUACAAAAGAAAAGUAAAGCAUUUUCAUAGUGGCAUAUAAAUUCUAUGUACUGUACGUUACCGUCUUUGUUUGCUGCAUCUGUACACUCCAAUGUUUGUAGUUUGUAUUUAUUCUGUGAUUGUUGCCAGUUUUUUUUUCCUCCACUUGGUAGUCUCUGUUUUAUUUUUUUUUUAUUUGGAGUAUAAUGGAGACAUUCCAUUCUUUGUGAGGAGAGCUUCCUAUUCACCCACAGUCAUAACAAUACUGCUGCAUAUAUCACUGGGCCAAAAUCCACUGAUACCAAAGUACCUUAUCAUUUGAGAAAAGCAAUGCUACGUGUGCUGGUUGGCAUUGAAGACAAACACCUAACCACAAGUGCAUUGACAGAAAAAACUAUUUUUAAAUGCAAGGUUUCAAAAGAGGUUGCUACUGAGGCAACUUGACACAAUUUAACUUAGCAAAGAUAUAACAGAGAGCCAAUAGGAAAUAGUCAGCUACAAUCAUGACCAGGGUUGUGGUUAUGAAUCAUAACAGAAGGUAACAAUCAUGAAGAAGGUGUUUGUGGGCACACUAAAUACCUUCAACGGAUUCUGUAUUAUUUUUCUCUGCCCGACUCUGAAAAAAAAAAAAAAAAAAAAGGAUAUCAGGAGAAAAACGAUGGUAUUAAAACUGUUAAUACUUUUAAGAUCUGUUUAUGUAUUAAUGUUACGUUAUCUGUCAUGGCAGCUGGAUAUUGAUUAUUAUUUGCCGUAACAUCAAAUAAAUCUGCCAGGAUAAUGA